AUUGCUUUCUGUCUCUUCAAAUAGCUAAAGACUCUCUCAUUUCAAUACAACUAUGGCAGAUGGACCUUAUAUAUACUUAAGGGUCAGAACAAAUAGCAAAUUAAUAAUUUAUUGUGUACUCUUUGUGUAAAAUAUUAUCUUGUUUUACAGGACGGUGAUGGCAAAGUCAGCAGAGUAAUCCAAACUGGAACCAGGAAAAGGUGGGCAAAUUAUCAUAUGUAAAUUAUUGUAUAUAGUCUAUGAGAAAAUCACAUUCCUGUUAUAGAAACUACUCAUUUCAUCAAUCUCUCUCUUCUCUAUUAUACUUAUCAAAUGACCUGUUCUUUAUGACUGGAAUCAUCAUUGUUUCUGAGUCUCUUUUAAUUAAUUAGUUGAAUUGAAUUAAGUACUACUGACCUUUCAUGAAGUAGGCCAAAUUAUUUCUGAAAUAAACACAUUUGUACUGAAGGGGCGGGUUCACCCCAGUCUCUUCUGCCUAUUGAAUACAUUCACUAACAAUUGUUAGAAUCAAACGUAAUCAAAGUGUUUUCAAUCAUGUGCAUUUAUUCAGGAUAUAUUAUAAAUGUUACAAGUCAUUUGUGUAUUUGACCUCUGAGGUGUGACUGACGGUCUUGUUUAUAUUUUCUGUUUCUGCCUUUUGAAAUGUGGAGAACUUUGUCUCAGUAAACUCUAUUGAUUGAAACUUCAACUUUGACUCCUGGUCUUCAUUGUAAAUACUGGUCUCAUUACUGAGUAUGACUGUAUUCCCCUACAGUACAUUGUCACUUGUUAUCCAUAUUAUAUAUAAUGUGUGCAGUCACCCACUUAGUGGGUGAAUCUCAUGAAGAAAUGUCUGGGCAAAAUAUAAUUUAUUUUAUUGUCUUUUGAUAAUGGGAUUGAAAUAUGACAUGGGCAUUUAUAUAUGGUUUUCAUUAAAUUCACCCUAGUAGACUGAGUACUAUAGAUAAACCUUGUUUAGGUUUUUGCUAGUUUGACUGGGUAUGACAGCUGUGAUAAGUUUGAUAUGGUCUCAGUAUUUAUCGGGAUGGGUACAAAAGUACUUACAUUAAAGUUGCAGCAAAGGAACUACAACAGCCCUCAACACAACAAAAAUAAAGUCAAAUGUCUAGACUCCCUGCCAAACAAAAGGGUAAAAGCAGUGGUCAAUACACAGAAAUGUUCAUGUCAUAUUUUACAUAUAUAUUUUAUUUACAGUGUUAUAGGUACCAGUUCUCAUCACCUGGCGGGCUGCACAGCUGAAAAACAGAUUUCCUCACAUGGAGUUUAAAGGAUGGUGAUGGCAACGUCAGAAGAGUCAUCCGUGUUGGAACCAGGAAAAGCCAGCUGGCUCGCAUUCAGACAGACAGUGUUGUUGAGAAACUCAAGGAGUUACACCCCAAUGUGCAUUUUGAAAUAGUUGCUAUGUCAACAACAGGAGAUAAAAUACUUGACACCGCUUUAUCCAAAAUUGGUGAAAAAAGCCUCUUCACAAAGGAAUUGGAGAGUGCUUUGGAAAGAAAUGAGGUAGACCUGGUCGUGCACUCUUUGAAAGACUUGCCUACUGCUCUUCCUAUGGGUUUCACUAUAGGAGCUGUGCUGAAACGAGAAAACCCCCAUGAUGCUGUUGUCUUGCACCCCAAAAAUAAAGGCAAAUGUCUAGAUUCCCUCCCCAACAAGAGUGUUAUAGGUACCAGUUCUCUUCGCCGGGCUGCACAGCUGAAAAAAAGAUUUCCCCACUUGGAGUUUAAGGACAUUAGGGGUAAUCUCAACACUCGUCUGAAGAAGCUGGACGAAAAGGAUGACUUUUCCGCCAUCGUUUUGGCAGCAGCGGGUCUUGAGAGAAUGGGCUGGGAGAACCGCAUUAGCCAGAUCCUCAGGCCUGAGGACUGUAUGUAUGCAGUCGGACAGGGAGCACUGGCUGUUGAAGUGAGAGCUCGGGACCAAGACAUCCUGGAGAUGGUUUCGAUAUUGAAUGACUCGGACACUGUGCUGAGCUGCAUUGCAGAAAGAGCAUUUCUCAAACAUCUGGAAGGGGGCUGCAGUGUUCCAGUUGCUGUUAACAGUGCAGUUAAGAAUUCACAGCUCUACCUGACUGGAGCGGUGUAUAGUCUUGAUGGCUCAGAUAGUCUGAAGGAGACCAUGCAGACAAGCAUCAGCUCAGACAAUCAGAUUGAGGAGCAGGAGAUGGUUGAUGAGAAGGCCCAUCGUGUGGGCAUCACAGCUCUAAAGUUGUCAGGAGAAGUCCAGGAUGCUGCAUUGAAGUUAGGAGUGGACCUCGGAAAUUUGCUGCUCAGCAAAGGGGCCAAAGAGAUAUUGACCAUAGCAAGACAGCUUAAUGAUGCUCGAUAGGUAUAUAAUUGUCCUGUAGUCAUAGAUGAAUAUGUACAACCCCCUUCCAGACAAUCAUGCUCUUUUCUCCUCCUAACAUCCCAUAUGAACCUAUCAUAAACAAGUAUUUAUUUAAAAAAUGUCAAUGUCAACAACUGUUUAUUUGUCAUCCAAUAUAGAUUACCUUUAUAAUUUGUGUUGGUAUUAAGAUUGUAAUAUGGUAAUAUUGCAAACUACAAAAUUGUAGUAAGUUCAGUAAUAAUGCCUAAAUAAUGACUCAGUUAUUAUUUAUAACAGCUAUUUUCCUAAGAACACUUGUAUACAUUUUAGUCUGUGAUCUUGCCAUACAAAAAGGAAUAUAUCUGCAUUACAGAGAGCUAUAUAAAUAGGUAAUUAUAUUUUCCCUCAGAUUAGGUCAUGAACUCACAAUUAUGCCUUUCAAGAUGAUGUGUGUUGUAUGUGAGCACAUGCUCAUUUGAAACUUGAAUUACACUGGAAUACAAAUCUUUGAAGCUGCUUGAAGUAUCAUCUUCAUUUCACUUUUAUGUAACCCAUUUGCUGACUGGUUAUAUGCAUAAGUGAAUUUAUAUAGCAUAAUAACCUGAAUUCCACUACAAAAAUGUUAUUUAUUUUUUUGCUUUUUUGUAUGAUGUAGUAGCUUUUGUUUUUAUACAUGCUGUAUAUGAAUGUGUAUAACUCUUAAGAUUUGAUGGUAUUUAGAGUGUAAAUUAGUAUGGAACUGUUUUUAACCAAUCAGUUUCAGGCAUUUAUUUGACACAUUUUAUGCCUUCAUUUUUAUUUUAUUUAUUUAUAUUUUUCUCCCCAAUUUGGUAUGCCCAAUUCCCAAUGCGCUCUUAGUCCUCGUGAUGGCGUAGUGACUUGCCUCAAUCCGGGUGGUGGAGGACGAAUCUCAGUUGUCUCAGUUGUUACCGUGGAGACGUAGCGCAUUUGGAGGCCCAUGCUAUUCUCCGCAGCAUUCACGCACAACUCACCACGUGCCCCACUGAGAGUGAGAACCACAUUAUAGCGACCACGAGGAGGUUACCCCAUGUGACUCUACCCUCCCUAGCAACUGGGCCAAUUUGGUUGCUUAGGAGACCUGGCUGGAGUCACUCAGCACACCCUGGAUUCAAACUCACGACUCCAGGGGUGGUAGUCAGCGUCUUUACUUUCAACCUAGGCCCCCCACAUUGUAUGCCUUAUUGAGCCUUUUAAAUCAGUUGUCAGAUCUAACUUUUUCAGUGCCUGAAAAAUCUAAAUUUUUGUGUAUUUGCAGGUGUGAUGGAGCUGUGAAUUGUAUGAGCAACUCAUACAUGCCUUUUUGCAAUGCAUAGUUUUUUCAGUCACUCAGAUUCAUAGAAGUCAUUGCUUUCUCUAGUUGAGUACAUUUCUUUGCCAAACUUCCUCUUGUGCCUGCAGAUGAAGUAUGUUGAAUGUUAGCCAGUAUUAAUUUGUUGUAAUAUUCUAACACUGAUGUUUGUUCAUGGUUUAGAGCCACAUUUUAACUGAUGCCAAAGUGCACAUAUCUAAUUUUCAGACCUUUGAAUUGUUAUAUUCCCAAAAGUACAUUUAGUUUAAUGUUAGUUUAGUUAUUGCAAUUUCAGAUUCAUGGGUGUUGCGCUGUUAAACUGAACUUAAAGCAUUAAUAUUAUUUGUCAUUAAUUUUGCGAAGUAGCAUCUAUAUUUAUAUGAACAUAAAAUGUUCUAAGCGUGAUGGUUUUAAGAGCAUAGUUUUUAAGUUUUAUUUGCCAAGACCAAAUAAAUCAGGCAACAGAGA